CAGCCGGCGUCCCUGGGUGAGGAAGAUGCUGCCGAUCGGGAAGACGACGAAACAGGGCAAAAGGGGUAUUCUAGAGCGCUUAGAUGCUGGAGAAAUUGUGAUUGGAGAUGGAGGAUUUGUCAUUGCUCUUGAAAAGAGGGGAUAUGUAAAAGCUGGGCCUUGGACUCCUGAAGCAACGGUAGAACACCCAGAAGCAGUUCGUCAGCUUCACCGGGAAUUCAUCAGAGCUGGAUCCAAUGUUCUGCAGACAUUCACCUUUUAUGCCAGUGAGGACAAACUAGAGAACAGGGGCAAUUAUGUAGCUGAGAAAAUAAGUUGCCAGAAAGUGAAUGAAGCUGCUUGUGACAUUGCAAGAGAAGUGGCUAAUGAAGGCGACGCUUUAGUGGCUGGAGGAGUCAGUCAAACACCAUCCUACUUAAGCUGCAAGGAUAAAGCAGAGGUUAAAGCAGCCUUUCGAAAGCAACUAGAUGUCUUCAUGAAGAAGAAUGUGGACUUCCUAAUUGCAGAGUAUUUUGAACAUGUUGAAGAGGCUGUCUGGGCAGUUGAAGUUCUAAAAGAAUCUGGAAAGCCAGUUGCAGCUACGAUGUGCAUUGGUCCAGAAGGAGACAUGCAUGGCGUGCCCCCUGGACAAUGUGCUGUCCAACUGGUAAAGGCUGGUGCUUCUAUUGUUGGAGUCAACUGCCAUUUUGAUCCAGAUACUUCCCUGGAAACCAUGAAACUGAUGAAAGAGGGCUUGCAGGCUGCUAAACUGAAAGCGCACCUGAUGGCCCAACCACUUGCUUUCCAUACACCUGAUUGUGGAAAGCAGGGUUUUAUUGAUCUUCCAGAAUUUCCCUUUGGCCUGGAGCCAAGAAUUUUAACCAGGUGGGAUAUUCAAAAAUAUGCAAGAAAGGCCUAUGACUUAGGAAUUCGUUACAUUGGAGGUUGCUGUGGAUUUGAGCCAUAUCACAUCCGAGCAAUAGCUGAGGAGCUGGCUCCUGAAAGAGGAUUUUUGCCAGAAGCUUCUGAGAAACAUGGUAGCUGGGGCAAUAGCUUGAGCAUGCAUACCAAACCCUGGGUCAGAGCAAGGGCAAGAAAAGAAUACUGGGAGAAUCUGAAGCCUGCUUCAGGCAGGCCAUAUUGUCCUUCAAUGUCAAAGCCAGAUGGCUGGGGAGUGACCAAAGGAGCCAAGGACCUGAUGCAACAGAAAGAAGCAACAAGUGAACAACAGCUGAAGGAGCUCUUCCAGAAACAGAAGUUCUAAUCCACUGCAGUUGUAUAAACGUUAGAAUGAUUUACCUACA